AUGACCAACUUCUGCUGCUCCCCUUGCUGCCAGCCCAGCUGCUGUGAAACCCCCUGCUGCAGGACCACCUGCUGUAAGCCACCCUGUGUGACGACCAGCUGCUGCCAGCCCAGCUGCUGUGGGUCCAGCUGCUGUGGCCAAAUUAACACCAUCUUCUAUCAGCCCUGCUGCCAAUCAACUUGCUGUGAAACUACAUGUUACAAGACCACCUGCUGCAAACCAACAGAUGAGACCAGCUGCUGCCAGUUGCCCUGCCUCCCCAGUUGCUGCAUCACAUCCUGCUGCCUGCCCUGCUGUCAAUCAACGUGCUAUGAAACUACUUGCUAUAAGACCACCUGUUCUAAACCAACUUGUGUGUCCAGCUGCUGCAGUGGGCCUUGCUGCCAGCCCAGCUGCUGUGUGUCCAGCUGCUGCCAGCCCAGCUGCUGCAAAUCUUGUUGCUGCCAGCCCUGCUGCUGUUGA